AUGCCUUUCCCAUCAACCCCAACCUCCCACCCACGGAGUGCCGCCCCUUCUAGCCCCUUACCCUACACCCGCUCCCGCACCCAAAGCAGCGAUACCCACCUCACUGCUUCGGAGACGCAGAGCUAUUGGGGAGAUGUACCUCCUGUUCCUCCCAACACUCCAAAUGUAUAUAGCCCUCCUACUGCUUUGGAGACACUGAGCUACUGGGGGGAUGUACCUCCUGUUCCUCCCGGCACUCCAAAUGAAUAUAGCUCUCCCACUGCUUUGGGGUCACUGAGCUACUGGGGAGAUGUACCUCCUGCUCCUCCCGGCACUCCAAAUGAAUUCCCCAUUGAUCAACCAGAUCCAGAAUCUUCUACACAACCAAGCAGACCUUCCAGUGAUAUCCACUCAGAGAGUGACAAUGUUAAUCUUGACACAUCUCCAGCCUCUCAAUCACAGCAAGACAGUGAAGCGCCUGCGAACGCGACUGAGGAUGAUCACUCAACCGAUGAUGAUCUAUCUGAACUAAAUGAUUCAUUCCAUGCUGUCAACAUCGCUGUUGUUGUCGUCGGGCCGGGUUAUUCUGGCCCAAUACCUCCCCAGAUGGAUCCUCCCACUCCUCCGGCUACUCCCCCGGUUCGUGGUCUUGGUCCUCCUACUCCGCCGUUGACUCCGCCUUGAUAGUUGGUUUUCUUAACCUCAUACAUAUGGGGGAUGUUUAUACAUAUAUGGUUUAACCUUCGCUGAAAGAAAUUUCGUGGCGACAUCUUUACCCACGAUUGUGCAAAGAUACAAUACCGUGGACAGACACAUCUCGACAGACAAACCUCCCUCUACAUCUCGGACAUUACGCGAGCCGACUCUUCAACGCUCUCAAGCCAUGCCCCUUCUCGCAGCUGGUCUUGUGUCAUAAACAGCUGUAUAUA